CAGCUUGAUCUACAAAAAACAGCAGCUGAAGCUUUUUGUGACGUAUCGUAGGCAUUUAUCACUUGCUGCAGAUCAAGCUGCAGUGAAAAGGCACAGGAGCAGGGAUAUAAAAAGUUGAAGCUCUAACAGUGUCAUACGACUUUCAGACCAUUAUCUGGGUUCAACUUGCAGGGCGGAGCUACCGGAUAAAAUUCUCAGCAGCUAAGCAGCAAAGCCGGCUUCCUUCGUGGCGUCACUUAAUCCCAGAAAGCGGAGGGAAGUUCUCUGUGCAGCCUUUUCAUCAAAGUAAGGCGAGGCAGAAGUGGUCCAGGAGCAGAAUGCAAAGAUGGCAGCCCCGCCAUACAUACCUGGUCCAGACUGCCUGCGCCAAUUCACCCGUGAGUCUCUGGCAGAGAUAGAGAAACGGAUUGCAGAGAAGGAGGCUGAGAAGGAGGCCAGGAAGUUGAAGCACGAACAUGAGGAAGUUGUUGAUGAAGAACAUGCGCCCAAGCCCCGCAGUGACCUGGAACAAGGGAAAGGCCUCCCCCUUAUCUAUGGGGACCCUCUUCCAGAACACAUCGGGGUGCCACUGGAAGACUUGGACCCCUUCUACCGUGAUCAGAAAACUUACAUCAUCCUCAACAAAGGAAAGACCAUUUUCCGGUUCAGUGCCACUCCUGCACUCUAUAUGUUGGGACCUUUCCAUCCUCUCCGGAAUUGCGCCAUUAAAGUGCUUAUACAUUCAUUAUUCAGCAUGUUCAUCAUGAUAACAAUCUUAGCCAACUGUUUCUUCAUGACCAUGAGUGACCCUCCAGUGUGGGCCAAGGAUGUAGAAUACACCUUUACUGGCAUAUAUACCUUUGAGUCUUUGAUCAAAAUAUUCUCUCGAGGAUUCUGCAUCGAUAGCUUUACAUUCCUGCGAGAUCCAUGGAAUUGGCUGGAUUUCAGUGUCAUCGUCAUGGCUUAUGUCACAGAGUUUGUUGACUUGGGUAAUGUAUCUGCUCUACGGACGUUCCGUGUUCUUCGAGCGCUUAAAACCAUCACGGUCAUUCCAGGACUGAAAACAAUUGUGGGUGCAUUGAUCCAGUCAGUGAAGAAGCUCUCUGAUGUCAUGAUUCUCACAGUCUUCUGUUUGGCUGUCUUUGCCCUCAUUGGUCUGCAACUCUUCAUGGGUAACCUGCGGCAAAAGUGCGUUCGGUGGCCGAUUGCCAAUGAAACACUGCAAGGAGCUGCCUUUGGGCUGGAUAGUGAUCUCUUUGACAAUGUCACGCUGUAUGGCAAUGAGACUAUCCCCUUUGGGAACACCACUCUGCAUAGCAAUGGAACCUUUGACUAUGAGCAGUACAUAAAUGAUGAAGCCAAUUUUUAUUUCCUGGAUGGCGCCCUUGAUGCUUUGCUCUGUGGAAACAGUUCUGAUGCUGGGCAGUGCCCAGAAGGGUUCACCUGCAUGAAAGCUGGCCGCAACCCAAACUAUGGCUAUACAAACUAUGACACCUUCAGCUGGGCCUUCCUCGCACUCUUCCGCCUUAUGACUCAGGACUACUGGGAAAACCUCUUCCAACUGACCCUGCGAGCCGCUGGGAAAACAUACAUGAUUUUUUUCAUUUUGAUCAUAUUCUUGGGCUCUUUCUACCUCAUCAACUUGAUCCUGGCUGUCGUAGCGAUGGCCUAUGCGGAGCAGAAUGAUGCAACCAUGUUGGAGGAGCAGGAGAAGGAAGCGGAAUUCCAACAGAUGAUGGAGCAACUGAAAAAGCAUCAGGAAGAGCAACAGAAGCUGCUUCAAGACCAGGCUGCAAACUACAGCUCUGUAGACAGUAUUAUGGUGGAGGAGAAGAAGAAAGGGGAGUCUGACCAAGAGGUGCAGAGUGAUCAAGAUGCACCAAAAGACUGCAAUGGUCGGGUCAUCCCGCGCUUGGUGCUGGAGCGGUCAGCCACAGUGGAUGAGUCAGAUCCAGGGGAGGAGCAUGAGAAGUCUGACCAGAAUCACUUGCAUGUGGGGAACCAAGAUGUAACAGGCAUGCAGAAAAGAGCAGAAAGUGCACUCAGUAUAGUCUCCAACACCUUGGAAGAAUUGGAAGAGGCGCACCAGAAGUGCCCGCCGUGGUGGUACAAGUUUGCCCAUGCAGUCCUCAUAUGGAACUGUUGCCCACUGUGGGUGAAGUUAAAAAAAAUUCUCAAGAUCAUUGUCAUGGACCCCUUUGUUGAUUUGGGGAUCACCAUCUGCAUUGUCCUCAACACUGUCUUCAUGGCCAUGGAACACUAUCCAAUGACCGAGGAAUUCAACCAUGUAUUGUCUGUGGGCAACCUGGUCUUCACUGGGAUAUUCACAGCUGAAAUGGUGCUGAAACUGAUUGCUCUAGAUCCCUAUGAGUACUUCCAGCAGGGAUGGAACAUCUUUGACAGCAUCAUCGUCACCCUCAGCUUGGUUGAGCUUGGCCUUGCCAAUGUCCAGGGUCUAUCUGUGCUCCGUUCCUUCCGUCUGAUGAGGGUUUUCAAGCUUGCCAAAUCCUGGCCAACCCUCAACAUGCUGAUCAAGAUCAUUGGCAACUCGGUGGGUGCUCUGGGCAACCUCACCCUAGUGCUGGCCAUCGUUGUCUUCAUCUUUGCUGUGGUGGGUAUGCAGCUGUUUGGGAAGAGCUACAAGGAGUGCGUCUGCAAGAUUUCCAGUGACUGCGAGUUGCCACGCUGGCACAUGCACGACUUCUUCCAUUCCUUUCUCAUCAUCUUUCGCAUCCUCUGUGGGGAGUGGAUUGAGACUAUGUGGGACUGCAUGGAAGUGGCCGGACAGCCCCUCUGCCUCACUGUCUUCAUGAUGGUUAUGGUCAUCGGGAACCUGGUGGUCCUCAACCUGUUCUUAGCUUUGCUGCUGAGCUCCUUCAGCGCUGAUAGCCUGGCAGGAUCUGAUGAAGACGGCGAGAUGAACAACUUGCAGAUUGCGAUUGGCAGGAUCACACGGGGGAUUGACUAUGUAAAGAAACAUGUCCUCCUCCUACUUCACAGGGAGUUGAAGGCAAAGUCAGAGCCACCAGCUGAGGAUCAGGAGGACAGCAAGAAGGAGAACUUUGUCCUCAACCAUGUAGACACAGGCCAGGACUCCAAAUCAGAAUACAUGGAUGGUAUAGCCAAAAAAGAGGCAUUCAUUGAUGAACUGGACCAUAUGAACUUCAUUAACAACCCCAACCUGACCAUACAUGUCCCGAUAGCUUCUGAGGAGUCUGACCUUUAUGAUGAAACUGAUACCGGUGAAGAGACUGCUGACGACACCAAGAAGCCGCUAUCGGACGGGACAGAGUCAUCCAUAUGCAGCACUGUUGAUUACAAGCCCCCAGACCCUUUGGAGGCGGAAGCAGUGGCUGAGGAGGAGAUGGAGAGUAACGAGCCUGAGGAAUGCUUCACUGAAGCCUGUGUUGGGAGAUGCCCCUGUCUGUAUGUUGAUGUCAAGACAGAAAAGGGAAAGAAGUGGUGGAAUCUUCGGAGGGCGUGCUUCAAGAUUGUGGAACAUAACUGGUUCGAGACCUUCAUCGUCUUCAUGAUCCUCCUUAGCAGUGGGGCCCUGGCUUUUGAAGACAUCUACAUAGGGCGGCGGCAUACAAUCCGCACCAUGUUGGAAUAUGCUGACAAGGUCUUCUCGUAUAUCUUUGUUCUUGAGAUGCUGCUCAAAUGGGUGGCCUAUGGAUUCAAGGUCUACUUCACCAAUGCCUGGUGCUGGCUGGACUUCCUCAUUGUUGAUGUCUCCCUCAUCAGCUUGACAGCAAACUGGAUGGGCUAUUCAGAGCUGGGAGCCAUCAAAUCUCUGAGGACACUCCGAGCAUUGAGACCUCUUCGGGCCUUGUCCAGAUUUGAAGGCAUGAGGGUGAUAGUGAAUGCGCUUCUGGGGGCAAUCCCAUCCAUCAUGAAUGUCCUCUUGGUCUGCCUGAUCUUCUGGCUCAUCUUCAGCAUUAUGGGGGUCAACCUCUUUGCAGGGAAGUAUUACCGCUGCAUCAACACCACCACAGAGGAACGUUUUCCCAUCUCAGUGGUGAACAACAAGAGUGAAUGUAUAGCUCUCCUAUACACCAAUGAAGUCCGCUGGGUCAACGUCAAGGUCAAUUUUGACAACGUGGGCAUGGGCUACCUCUCUCUUCUGCAGGUGGCCACUUUCAAGGGCUGGAUGGACAUCAUGUAUGCAGCCGUCGACUCGCGCAGGGAAGAGGAACAGCCUGAAUAUGAAACGAACCUCUACAUGUAUAUCUAUUUUGUCAUCUUUAUUAUCUUUGGGGCUUUUUUCACUCUCAAUCUUUUUAUUGGUGUCAUCAUUGACAACUUCAACCAACAAAAGAAAAAGUCUGGAGGGAAGGACAUCUUCAUGACAGAAGAACAAAAGAAAUACUACAAUGCCAUGAAGAAGCUAGGCUCAAAAAAGCCUCAGAAGCCCAUUCCAAGGCCACAGAACAAAUAUCAAGGGAUGAUAUUUGACUUUGUGACCCAGCAAGCCUUUGAUAUAGUCAUCAUGAUCCUCAUUUGUCUUAACAUGGUGACGAUGAUGGUGGAAACAGAUGGGCAAAGCCAAACCAAAAUUGACAUCCUCUUCCAAAUCAACCUGAUCUUCAUUGCCAUCUUCACAGCUGAGUGUUUCCUCAAGAUGAUUGCCCUGCGGCACUAUUUCUUCACAAUCGGCUGGAACAUCUUUGAUUUUGUUGUGGUGAUUCUGUCUAUUGCAGGAAGCGUCCUUUCGGACCUCAUUGAGGAAUAUUUUGUGUCACCCACUCUCUUCAGGGUUGUCCGUCUGGCCAGAAUUGGGCGUGUUCUGCGUCUGAUCCGGGGAGCCAAGGGCAUCCGGACACUCCUCUUUGCCUUGAUGAUGUCCUUGCCGGCCCUCUUCAACAUUGGCCUCCUGCUCUUUCUGGUCAUGUUCAUCUAUUCCAUUUUUGGGAUGUCCAACUUUGCUUAUGUGAAAAAGGAAUCUGGUGUUGAUGACAUCUUCAACUUCGAGACUUUCGGCAAUAGCAUCAUCUGCCUUUUCCAGAUCACCACUUCAGCUGGUUGGGAUGGCUUAUUGAACCCCAUCCUGAACAGUGGUCCUCCAGACUGUAAUCCUGAGCUGGAGAACCCUGGCAGUGAAGUGAAGGGUGAUUGUGGUAACCCUUCCAUGGGCAUCUGCUUUUUCUGCAGCUACAUAGUCAUCUCUUUCUUGAUUGUGGUCAACAUGUACAUUGCAAUUAUUCUGGAGAACUUCAAUGUAGCCACAGAAGAGAGUAGUGAGCCACUAUGUGAAGAUGACUUUGAAAUGUUCUAUGAGACAUGGGAGAAAUUUGACCCAGAUGCCACUCAGUUUAUUGAUUACUGCAUACUCUCUGAAUUUGCAGACACCUUGCAAGAACCCUUGCGAAUUGCUAAACCCAACAAGAUCAAGUUGAUCACUUUGGACUUGCCCAUGGUUCCUGGGGAUAAGAUCCAUUGCUUGGACAUCCUCUUUGCACUUACCAAAGAAGUGUUGGGAGAGUCUGGGGAAAUGGAUGCCCUGAAGGAGUCCAUGGAAGAGAAAUUUAUGGCUGCCAAUCCCUCAAAAGUGUCCUAUGAACCCAUUACCACAACACUGAAAAGGAAGCAUGAGGAAGUGUGUGCCAUCAAAAUCCAACGGGCAUUCAGGCGAUACCUAUUAAAGCGAUCAGUAAAGCAGGCCUCAUACAUGUACCGACACAGCCAAGAUGAAGACACACUGAUAGGAGCUCCAGAGAAAGAAGGGCUGAUUGCAGACAAAAUGAGCACAAUGUAUGGGCCUUCGGGCACACAGGAAGAAAUUGAAAUGUCAUCUGGAACAUCCCCACCCCUGGAUCUCGAGCCAGUCACCAGUCCAGAUACUGUGGAUGAUCCCAGUGAAACAAAAGAAGAGGAUCUUGAUCCUGGUGAAACAACGGAAGACAGUUCUGGUGGAACGAAAGAGUGGAAAGCUUCCAAAUAUGGCGCAAAAGAGUCAUUUGUAUAAUGUAGAGCACUUUUGGCCAACAAUGGAUUGCCACUUCACUCUAAAAGACUUGUCUUGCAUCUGUCUCAUAAGGGCUCUUCAUAUUUUACAUCAAAAUGAGCAAAUCAUGUUAUCUGACCAUUCUUGUACCAGAUUUCAGCUACUCAGCUCGACAACUUAACUUUGUAAGAAGAGCCUUCUCUGGAUUCUAAAUAUUCAAAUUCAUCACAAUGUGCAAAGAUUUUUUUUUUCUCUUAAGAGGUAAAUGUGAAUCAUCUUUAUUACUAGUGAAAAGAAAAAGAAUAUUAGAUAAUGUAAUAUGUUCCAGGGCCAGUUCCGAUGUUAAUUCUUCCCUACUAGAGUUUUUAAGAGGUGUUAGAAGAAGAAGUGGGAAGUGAAACAAAUGGCCAGAGAUGCAAGUCUUCAUAAUUUUGUUGCAAUCCAGUUCAAGCUGCACACAUGGAAUUAACAGGCCUGUUUUGAGGAGCUUAACCAUAGCUGUUAUAUCCUCUGCUAAAAAAGAACCUGUACCGAAAGAGCACUGUGGUUUGCAUCAAUUAUACAAAUUUUCCUGUGGCUGCAUUAUUUUACAUAAUUUAUUCUGCUAGUCAUGGGAGGAACAGAGAGCUUCCUAGAGCACUGAAGUCUUGCCUCUGUAUCACCGGAAAUCCUGCUCAACAUACAUGCAUGCACACACAAAACUUCUGAAAUUUCAGCAGACAUUGCCUAUACAUUUUCAAGCCUUAUGGUCGCCACAUAAAGGACUAGAAACUUGCUUGUUUUUUAACUAAAGCUGAGGUCUUAAAGAUGCUGAAUUCUGUGCUCAGAGCCAAAUUCUGUGUUUAUGGGGACAUGAUCAUGGAAAUGCAGCCCUGAGCUUAAUCAUUGGUGACUAUUACACACACUCUGAAAUGCUGAAAUAUUGUGAAAAUGUAUGUCCUCAGCCUCUUUCUUUCUGCUUUUUCAUAUGUGCCUUAAAGAUACUGGCAGUGAAAAUUGCUGUCUGUACUGGUUCUCAGACAUUAGCGACUGGAUAGUCCUUGCUAGCUCGAAUGGAUAGUCUCUGCUGAGCAAAAAGGCAUCUUUUAAAGUGGUGAUUCUCUUAUAUGUAGCAGGGGGAGAGCACCUUUCCCUAUCCAACCCCAGCUCAGUAUCCCUCCAGUGGUUGUUGCUGGUGUUUACCUUAUGUUUCUUUUCAGAUUGUGAGCCCUUUGGGGACAGGGAACCAUCUUAUUUAUUGUUUGUUUUUCUGUGUAAACCGCCUUGAGAACCUUUUCUGAAAAGUGAUAUAUAAAUAUUUGUAAUAGUAGCAGUAGUACAUGUGUGGGUAUGUGUGUGUAUCAUGAUAACUGACUGGUGCACUUUUGGCUUAGGAUUUUUCCCAGCAUGCAAAGGUGAGGUGAGCUGAAAAGGGAAAUAUGGAAAUUGAAAUAAUGGGACACUUUUUUUGUAAACCAGAUCCACAAUGUCUUAAAAACUGGAUUCUGCUAUUCCCCUUGGGGUUUUUGAAAGGGUUUUGGAGAUUGUUGUUAGAAAUGGUUUAAAGUGCAAUGAAGUCUUAACAAUGUACACUAUAAAAGUUGCUUAAAAUAGUGGGGGGAAGCAAAAUGUGCUGAUCUGUUCUCAGGGUUUACUGUCAGCAUUGAAGCUUUUCUCAACACCCCAGAACACCUAGGAAUGUAUGUAUGCAUUUUCUGUAUUGCUAUGUUGCUGUUUUUCUCUUUAAAGCACAGCUGCACAGCUCUAAUUUAGAAUAACAGGUGUGCUGUAUGCUGAUCACUACAGUCCAGAAAUGCGAGGUAUUUUUCCUCUCCCACUGUAGGUCCCCCACCUUCAUAUGCUGAUCAGGGACUGGCAUAACAGCCUGGAGUCCACAUGGUUGGUUCCCAUCCACAGUGAGAAGGGUGUGUGUGUGUGUGUCUCAGGGAAAGAGGUAUUUGCCUCUGUCCCGGAACAUUUCCCAUGGUGGCAUGGUAUACUGCAGAACCUGAGAGGUGGAAGCCUGCCAUCUGGAUAUAUUCCAAUAGGAAUGUUUCCAGUUGAAGGGAAUGGGAUAUGCACAAAAGCAAAGUAUGCUUGUGAAACUCCCAUUCAUUUCAGUUACACUUGUGAAGGGAGAUGUUCUCAUCAACUUGUGCCUUCAGUCAUCCUGGAGCCAGAUUUUUUAAAAACCAUGUACCCACAUGGGAUGUUAAACAAGACAGGGGCAGAUAUUUCCCUAUCCCCUACCCGUCCCCCACCCCAUCAAAUUUUAAUAAGAUGCCUUCAGAAGGGGGAAGCAGAACAGGAAAUCACUGUUGGAUAUGGAGGCCAUCUCUUAGGUCAUUUGAGAAGCAAAGUUGGGGGAAAACCUAGCUUACCCUAUGACAAAAACAAAAAAAACCCAGCCUGCAUCAAUUCUUGUUUAUACGUAUAUUUGUAUACACCCCAAAUCUAGUGCACAAGCAUAUGGACACUUUAUAGGAUUUCCCUCUGUAAUUAUCCAUGUACUACCCCUUUGAUGAAUGUGGCCUCCUCACCCACACACCCCACACACAGCUGGUUUGUGUACACUCUACUGGAGAUUUAUCUUUUCAAAAACGGUUUCUGCACACACCCUGCAUUCUCUGGCUCAAGGUGCCUGUCCUUUGUCUUCUCUCUUGGUUCAUCCUUGGGCAGAUCCCAGGCUCUGAAACUAGGAAAAGGGUAGAAGGGACUAAACCACGAUGAGCUAUGCUUCAAGUCUUAAUUUUCCCAAAUCCUCAAACCCAACAAUAUCCAUGAUCUGGAAAAGGCUUCAAAAACACUCAUAUGGGAAGACUACCAGUUUGGAUUUUUGCAAACAAAUUCCAGAUAAGCAAACGCACUUGAAAAUGUCUGCACCCCAAAGGUGGGCUUGCCUUAUUCUGUUUUCUCGUUUCUUUAGGGAAAAGAGCAAGGGCUGUUAAUGGGAUACUUGCCUCAUUGUUCCAGUUCAGUUCAACUAUCUGGCAGUUAAAGGCAUUUUCUGACAAACCAAAGAGCCCCCACCCCACCCCAUCUGAGAGCACCUUAUUCUGGAUGGUACACUGCAGAACCUGAGUGUUUUGCUGGGAUGUUAGCCAGCUCUUUAUCUUGGGGGAUGCUUCUCUUCUCAACUGGCAAAGGCCGGGUUUUCUGGUUGUCGAUUGGAACACCUUGAUUUUACCAUCUCCUGGGGCAGGUGGCCAUCCAGCAAAUGUGUUACUUGAGAUAGGGUUUCCAAUUGUGUUUACAUGUGAAGAGCUGUGGAAAUAGAACUCCACUUCAAAUAGAUUCUGUUGCAUAAUCUAGUGCAAUGUUUUCUUUGUACAUUUCUUAAAAUAAACUCUGUCAAUGAACAAUUGUUCUAUUCAGAACUACAUGCUUGCUUUGCUACUAGUGUUCUUUUCACUACCUCUGCCUGCUGCCUCUUAGUGUUUCGUUUACCAGAACAGAAGUGCUGGGGUUUAAAUCUGCCCUAAAGACAUGCCCCUGCCCCUCUGAUAUGAAAUUUCUUUCCCCCUAAAUAUGGAUCCCCAAGUAUGGCCUGAGAGCACAUGAUGUAGUCCCCUUGCUGAAACUAAGCCUUUAUCGGGAAAGAUAAAAGUAAAUGUACCCUUCUUUAUUAAUUUGCAUGUUCUGGUCAGAAUCCUGUAACUGAAAAUAAAUUGUAGGGCUCUGCCCUGGCUCA